AUGUAUACCCUUUUAAUUGGCUGAAAUGCCCUACAAUAUUAUAAAAAUAUCAUUUUUGGCUAGGUAAAUGUACCCAUUAAGCUACUUCUCGUUUAGCCAUGUUUUUUUAUUCAAGAGAAAAGCUCAGAUAAAUUGCUUUAUAUUAAACGUUAUAUAUAAAUUAUAGAAUUCCAAGCAUUGCUGAAGAAAUGACAGAUGAAGAAGAUUCUACUUGCUGCAAUUGUUUUCCUAAAAAUUAUAAGAAAAAUCCAAAAAAUAUAAAAGAAAAUGAGCAGCCAAGACAAAUCAAACCUUUACUGAAAACGGAUGUAAAAUUUGAAAAUCCUGAAGGAAAAAUGAAUAUGCCUCAAUUUCCUGAAAGUUAUAAGCAAAAUCAAAAAAAUAAGCAAGAAAAUCAGGAGCCGAGACAAAAAGAGUCUUCUCUGGAAAAUAAUGUAAAACUUGAAAAUCCUGAAUUACCUUCUGAGCUGCCAGGAAUGAAUGAGCCUCAAUAUCCUGAAAGCAGCAUCCAGCCAAACUCAAAGGAAGGCCUCAAUGAAGAAAUCCUAGCAAUUAUAUAUUCUGAUGACGGUAAGAAGAAUCUGCUAAUUAAAGAUUAGUGCUUUAUCGCAUUAAGAUAAGACAUAAAGAAGGCUUGCCUAGCUGAACGAGAAACUCCCUGGGUAUGCUCUCCUCUGGGAUUCAGCCUAACUAAGAAUCUUCACUAGAGGGUUAUUUUUUUAAAAAAAAUUACAUAAAUUUUCUUCGAAAUUAAAAAAAUUGGAAAGGAGAAAUUAAUUUUAAUUUGUAAAAUUUAUUUUAGAAAUAAAGCUGUUUAAAAUUGAGCAGAAUUAGUUAGAGAUUUUAUUAUAAAGAUCAUCAUAUAUUAAUUUUUUUUCUCUCUCACAGAGUUUUUUCCAAAAAAUAUAAUCAGACUUUUCCAAUUUUUUUGAUUGCCUCCGAAGAGGGAGGGUGGACUCAGUAUUCGUAGACUCAUUUCUACUCAAUUUGGCUUCAGGCUGCAGAAAACAUUAGAAUUCUCAGCAGAUCCAACAGAGGAUGAUGGCUUCUCUAUUUUAUUCGUGUGCCUCAGACCUUAAAGUAAGCAAUUACAUAAUUUUCAGCCACUGCUUCAGUGAUUAGAGCUAUAGAUAGGGGCAAAAAACCCUAUCGUUUAUCGGUACCAAUUAUGCCUUUGCCAUUUAGCAUUAGAAAUAUCCAUGAGAAAUACGAAGUCUUCAUUUCUGAGGUAAUAGAGAUACAGUCUAGCUUAAACCAAAAAAAAUUCCCAGACUCCAUUACCCUCUCAACUUAACUUUAGGUCGCAAAAAUCUCCAAGGUUCUGUAAGGUUCUGGAGAGGGCAAAUCAGUAAAAUGCUAUUUUAUUUGUGCCAUUGACAUUAAGACAAUAAGUUCUAAACGUCUGAAAAAAGAAAAGCCAAGCUCGAAAAGUAAAAAAAUUCAAUCUACUCCAAAUAUUUCGAUAGUACAAAAAGACCAAGUUGAGUCAAGAAAUAAUACCCCUCCAAAAAUGAUUUCCAAAGAGACUGAAAAUUCAGGUGAUCUUAGUGAAUCUAUCACACCUCCUAAAAUACCUUUAAUCCAUGAUGGCACACUGAAUACCAAAAAACCCUUGGAAAAUAAUGAUAAAGCAGAAAUCCCAAAAAUACCUGAAAAAGAGCAGAUUGAGAGUAAGUUAGAAAGUCCGAAAAAAGAAAAGCGAAGCUCUAAAAGUAAAAAAAUUCAAUCUAAUCCAAAUAUUUCGAUAGCACAAAAAGACCAAGCUGAGUCAAGAAAUAAUACCCCUCCAAAAAUGACGCCCAAAGAGACUGAAAAUUCAGAUGAUCUUAGUGAAUCUAUCACAUCUCCUAAAAUACCUGCAAUCCAUGAUGGCACACAGAAUGCCAAAAAACCCCUGGAAAAUAAUGAUAAAUCAAAAAUUGCAAAAAUACCUGAAAAGGAACAGAAUGAGAGCAAGUUAGAAAUUGAUAGGAAUGUCGGGUUAAUGAACAUUGGGAAUUCUUGCUAUAUGAAUUCUGUAAUACAGAUACUUGCAAGCAUUCCUGAAUUUAAUGCAGCCAUUGAAGAUUCAGCAAGCUCUCCUCUAUUAGCUGCCCUUAAAAAUGUGAUUUCCGUACUUUUAUCACACCACUCUUUAGCUCUUGAUACAGUGUCAUACUUGGUUGCUUUUAGAAAUAUAAUUGCUCAAGAAUAUCCUAUGGUAAAAAAAAUUUAGUUUAAAGGUCCUAUAGAAAACGAUGCAAAAGAACUUUUUAGUAUUAUUGCAUAUGAAGCAGACCAGCUCAGCCCCAACAGUAAACAGUUUGCAUUAACCAAGACUCAAGCAUUUACCUGCUCUAUAGGCCAUCAAUCAAAUAAUCCUGAAGAAAACAAUUUUUUGGUUGUUCCUAAAGACAAGCAGGGAGAUUUGCAAAAUGUUGUACAAGCAAUCAAAACCAAAAUAAGAUUUGCUGAAAAUAAUCAAUUAUUCUGCCAGGAAUGUCAAAAAUUGAGUGACUUUGUUGUGGAGGUUGUUAGUAUUAAUUGGCCUAAUAUUUUGGUGUUCUAUCUGCCACCAUCUCAAAAGCCAUCUCAAAUCAGACAAAACCCAUAUCCUAAUUUAG